AUUGGCGUAUUUUGUCGGAAGUCAAGCUUGUAUUGUGCGCACCACUGUAUCGAUCCUGCGGGAUUUAGUUCUCCUCACUGCAGCUUGCACAAUCGAAUUGUCCAAAACAGUAGUAAGAUUCUCCUUGCGGUGCACGGCGAGGGAUUUCCUCGCGACCUGCCACGAGUAGGAGAUGCAUUGCUGAUGAUGGCGCCGGGUUUACACCUCCUGAAGGCUCUCUGCAGUGACAGGCGCGUGUGUGGCAGCCGAUGACGAGUUUCGACACUACAUGCAGACCAACUACAGCGCUGGUAGCGCAGUUACUGGAGCGACAAGUUUUUGUUUCCGUUUGCUCCCCGCAGCGCAUUUAGCCGAUGGACCGAGUUGUAUCCGGCAUGGGUAAAGGGAAAGCGAACGCACCGGUCCGCCUGGAUUGCGACAAUCGGCAGGCUCGUCGACUGUCGUCUAGCGUCCGCUGGCCAGGCCGUUUGCUUCUAACAUACCUACUACUAGUGGCUCUGCACUGGCCCGCAACAGGCAUGGCAGCCUUGCAGUGCAGCCAGUGCAGCAAUUGUACGUUGCCGCAGGAGAUUGUCAGGAACCACGUUUGCCCGACUGCCGGUUCGCUGUGCACGGCAGUUGUAGACCUGACGGCCAGAACUAGCGACGGAGAGACCGACCUGUCGUGGACGCUGACUGAGCUAGGGUGUGCUGGUGGCGGUGGCGGCGCUCUUCCAGUGCGGUGCGACAUCCAGCUCAACGGCUCCUCCGUUGCAGAUGACAUGCUGACUUGCCAGGAUUCCGCUUGCACACCCAGUGCACUGUCGGCGGAGACCAUGCUGGCCCUGCGCGCAGGUCAAACGCAGCUGAGAGUGUGUUGCGCCAGCGACAAUUGCAACGAGCGACUGGCACUGGAAAUGCUGGCACUAGGACAAGCGGCAAACACUAUACUGCAGAUCCAUGCCAACGCCGCUCCGACUAUCGUGAUCCGUAGAGAAUCCAGAUUCACCAUCAAGACGUUGUACAUCUGCCUGGCAACCGUGAGUGGUGUGCUUCUGUUGAUGGUGCUCUUCUUCACCGCGUACAUCUGGUAUGACGGACAGCGGCGAGUGAGACAUCGACGCAAGGGACGGAUGGGGCUGGAACGGAAACCUUCGACGGCCGCCUCAGAGCGUGUCGUUAUCCGCCAGAGGAGCUGCUCCCCGCAGGCGACGUUCAGUCGAGGGUCGCCUGUGCGUACGCACCUGUGCACGCACAACCACGGCACGAGCAGGCAGAGCAGCUUCCGGCGGAGCACGGUCACGGUGGACCGAACAUCGCGCCUACUGGCCGAGAGCGUGGCGACGCUCACGCACGAGAGCAGCAGUCCCGACUCGACGACGGCUCACUACCAGGCCGCGGCAGCCCACGCGCAGAGCAGCAAUGGUCGACCAGUCAGUAUUGUGUCAGUGCAGCCCAGUCAACAGCUGACAGCAGCCAACUAUCAGCAAAGCAGCAAUGGUGUCCAAGAACGACUGCCCAGCCCGCCGAGCCCUAUCAUGAUUGCAAGCACGUCCACUGCAGCCGAUUCCGCCAGCUCAGCACAGAUUUCACAUUCGAGACCGCCACCUCAGCUACAUAUAGAUAACUCGUACAUGACCCCCAAUGGUCAUUCUGCUGCCGAGACCCCUGAAUCAAUUAGUGUGGAUGUGAAGCAGCGGCGGACAAUCUCGCUCAGCCGCAAGCGGACGCCAACAGCCCAUCGUCUUACCAGGGACAUGAAUGGUGAAGCCGUGCCAGUCAAGAUGGCAUCCCUAUCCGUAGCAUCGCAAGCUGAACAGAACAACUCGUUCAACAACCCAACAGUUGACAAUCCGGAGGAGCCUGAAAAGCGGCCAUCGACGGUCAGCGACAAGCUGCGACGGCUCGGCUUCGAUCACAUUCCGUCGCUCGACCAGGUCUGCCAGUCGCAGCAGAACGGCAGGGACGCUUCAAGCCCCGAGCUGUCCGACGUCGUGUCCGAAGAAGAUCACCCAGCCACGCAGCCGACCUGUAGCGUGUCAACGUUCUCCGCCAAACCCAACGGUCACUGUCCGCCUGCGUCCUCAACUUUUUCCAACCACCACGCCGAGUUGCCAGACAUGGAGCGGAGGAGACGAAAGAGAAACUUGGCAGACGCCUCAAUGACAGUUGUAUAGCUGCAGACCACCUAGUAACUCCUGUUCUUGAACCAACGGCAGGAUGCUGGCCGAUGGCGAUGUCAUAGCAGCAAAGCCUGUUGCAUAUCAGGCAUUCGGUGCGGAAUUUGUGGCGUACUCGUACAAUUGUCCAGCAGUACUUGAACAGAUCGGGAAUUUCCAUGAUGCAUCAAGUGUAUGGGUAUGGUCUUGGGCGUCGGUCACCUAGAGCCGGCAAAUUGGAAGCAAUUCCAGUCCUUCACCGACCAGAAUACCAUCCCGCCCCUGCUUGAUUGCUUCAUUCGGAUGAUGUCGAGCUCACGAAUAUCAUCACCACAAUCUGACUGGUGUUAAUGAAUCCCAGUCACAUCACUCGCUGUGGUGGCGGGGGUGGGGGAGAGAUGCCCAGUGAUAUCUUGGUACGAUGUUCGAACAGAAUUAUGACUAUAAAUUGGUUAUAUUUGUCUUUAUAUGAAUUGAGUGAGUGCAUGGGAACAUACCGAUAAUUGCUAAUACUAAUAAUUUUUUGCAGCCUCAUGUAUAAUAUGUUGAUUGUACCGGCUUUGUAAGGACCCCCAGGGACAACAAGACAAGAGGUCCUUUUAGACACCAACCGCCAGCUAGGCACGGUGAAAUGUCGUGUAAAAUACCAUUGCAACUGCAUGUAUUGUAUAUGCAUACACUAGUGUCACCAUCAAUAUGGCACUGUCGAGAAUCUGCUGAUAAUAAUUGUUCAAAGUUAUAUACGCAACUCUCAGAAUACAAGUCUAAAAACAUACGAAAAUACAAGAAGUAAUUGUAAAACUCCCCAAUUCGACGCCGUAAAACAAUAAUACAUUUUCUCCAUGCCUAAAUAUCGCCAUUGUAGGCUAAGGUUUGCUAACAUAUAAUUUUAAAGGCAAAUGGCUUAGUUUCUUCAAGUGCAAAUGGCUUAGUUCAUGUAAAAAUAAUAAAUUUUCUUGCUGGUUUCGAAUACUUGGUUCUUUGUCCUUGAAGGAGUUGAGAUUUUUAUCACAUAAAUUCGUAUUGAAUGCACAAUUGCAUAUAAUUAUACUGCAGACUGAGUGAUGUAUGGAUUAUGUACAGCA